CACUAUCACUACAAAUGCUCUCCUCUUUUUGUUGUUAAUCAUCACAUCAUCAUUGCUCACCAACUCACUUCACUUCUCAACUAAAAACCUCAACCAUGUCGUCCCCCACUCCGACCCGAUCUCCCAAACCCGACCCGGUUUGCGUAACCGGAGCCAACGGCUUCAUCGGGUCAUGGCUCGUCAAAACCCUACUGGAAAACAACUACACCACCAUCCACGCAACCAUCUUCCCCGGCUCCGACGCCACACACCUCACCACACUCGCCGCCGCCUCACGCGCCACCGUGGUGAUCCACGAGGCCAAUCUUCUAGACGGUGCCGCGAUAUCGAAGGCGGUUGAGGGCUGCAUUGGGGUGUUUCACGUGGCGUCGCCAUGCACGCUGGAGGCCCCGGUGGAGCCGCAGAGGGAGCUGGUGGAGCCCGCUGUGCAUGGGACAUUGAAUGUGCUGGAGGCAGCUAGGAGGUGUAAGGUGAGGCGCGUGGUGGUCACGUCGUCGAUCUCGGCGAUGGUGCCGAAUCCGGGGUGGAGUAGUGAUAAGGUGGUUGAUGAGUCUUGUUGGACUGAUCUUGAUUACUGCAUGUCACGUGAGAAGUGGUAUCCAGUGUCUCAGACACUGGCAGAGAAAGCUGCAUGGGAAUUUGCUGAGAAAAACGGACUUGAUGUUGUGGCAAUACAUCCAGACUGUCUCGGGCCACUUCUACAACCUGGUUUAAACGCGAGCUGCGCUGUACUUCAACAGCUUUUGCAAGGAUCAACGGAUACUCAGGUACACUGGUUGGGGGCUGUUCAUGUUAGAGAUGUUGCCAGGGCGCAAUUACUACUCUACGAACCUCCUGCUGCUGCUGGUAUACUUUGCACCAAUGGCAUAUCAUAUCGCGAUUUUGCUGACAAAGUUUCCAAGCUCUGUCCUGAGUUUGCGGUUCACAGUUUUACAGAGGAAACACAGCCCGGGUUAAUUGCUUGCAAAGAUGCUGCGAAAAUGAUUAAUUUAGGACUAGUUUUUACCCCUGUUGAGGAUGCUAUCAAGGAAACGGUGGAGAGUCUCAAGGAAAAAGUCUCCUUGUGCAGAAAACUUGAAUUUCAUUAGCUUAUCUGUGUACUUGCCAGAAGAAAACGAGUUUCCUUCUUGAUGUAAUCGGUCAAAAAUUCAUAUACAGAUUUCAUGAAAUUUUACCUAAUUUAGAAAUAAUGUUGCACAGUAGUAAUUUAA